CUAAAAAUUUUUCGAUUAAUUACGAGUCGUCAUGGCUUAUCUAACAAAAUGGGAUGAUAAAUAUUUCAUAUAUACAUGUAUAUUAAAAGACAACAUAUCAAAAGCCAAUGUGCUAGUCGAUGAUCACGAUGGUAUUUGUAAUCAUUCUUACGUUCACCGUUUUGUACCAUUUUUCCAUUGGAGAAUGUUUUCGCUUAUGGCAUUUGACAAACGUAACUCAGCCUUUUGAACAUGCACUGAAUGAAACGACAUUCGUCACAACUCUGUCUCUAUUUAAUGAGACAACUACUCUAACGAAUUUCACAUAUACAUUAUCCACAAGCAACUCGAGAGAGUUGUUCAGCGAUUCCCGACAAGUGGACUGUUUCGGAUUGGGAAAGAAAGUCGCGGCGGCUCUGGAGUGGUUCUUUAGCAGUAAACCUAAUGGGAGUGACGCCUUGGAUGUGCAAUUUCUUUUGUCCUCUAGGAAACAACCUCAUCGCGUGCAAGUAGUGCUUGGCGAACAGUUCGGUUUAGAAUGGACAGACUUUAAAAUAGAACGUAGGACGGUGGUCAUAAUACAUGGUUUUCUGUCUCAUGGCCAAGAAACAUGGAUUAGAGACAUGGAAAAGGCAUUACUCGAAUGGGGUGAUGUUAAUGUGGUGAUAAUAGAUUGGAGCGCCGGCAGUAAUACGUGGAAUUAUUAUAAAGCAGCAGUUAAUACCAGAAUAGUCGGAUAUCAAUUAUCAAAAUUUAUAGAACACGUAACGAAUGCUACAAUCGCGCAAUCGGGCGUAAAUAAUUGGGGUCCUUUACAUCUGGUAGGACAUAGUCUCGGUGCUCAUAUUUGCGGAUUUGCCGCAAGAGAGUUGAAAAAAAGGCAAAACAAAUGGACUGUGCAGAGAAUCACCGGUCUGGAUCCGGCGCAACCAUGUUUUCGCAAGGCUGAUACAUCUGUUCAUUUACAUAAAAAUGAUGCACCAUUUGUCGACGUGAUACAUACAAAUGGUAGAUUACUCACGAAUCUGGGACUUGGCUUACCCGAAGCUAUAGGUCACGUUGAUUUCUACCCAAACGGCGGUAAAACGCAACCUGGUUGUGUACGAACGUCAUAUUUUGAUUACUUACCGAUUCCUACAGCUGCGAUACAACGAGCGAUAUGUAGUCACGGACGAUCUUACGUCUAUCUCACAGAAUCUUUAACGUCUGUUACUGCGCGCAAUUGCAGUUUUUGGGCACACCAAUGGAAUUUGACAUAUAGGCAUUUUUUACAAAUAAUUGCGGAACCAUGCGAUGAAAACAUUUGCUCGGAAAUGGGCAUUAGAGCAGAAAUGUACAAUCAGCGUGGAAGUUUUUUCGUGGCUACAGCCAGUACCAGUCCGUUUUGUGCCAAUAGCACCGAUGUCAUAGAAAAGAUAAAAAAGCAAUUGCAACAGGAUCACUUUGGCCAUACGGAGGAUUAACAAAUUGCGCAUUACAAUGAACAACUUUUUUGUAAAUAAAUUAAUUAUAUCAGUACUGGUA